CACAAACCUUUCCAUUGGCAAUAAGGACGCAGCAGGACGCACAGGACUGGGCAGCGCUCCCUGGACCUGGACACACACACACACACACACUGAACCACUGUGUAAUGAAGGGAAGCAGAUGAGGAGAGAACAGACGUCGUUGUAGCUGCGGAUCAUUAUCAAGAAUAUCCAGUUUCCACUGCUGCUCUACAAGGUUUUCCCACCAGACGGCUCGGUCAUGGGUGUGAAGAUGCUGCAGUGUUUCCCGUUCUACAGACGCUGUAAAGAGCGCUGCAAGAACAGGCAGUGCCCCCCCGCCACAGUUCCCAUCGAGGAGAUGAAGCCCCGUCUGUCCUCGACCACAUCCUGCGGCAGUGACAGUGAAGGAGCCGGAGGCCUCAGCCGGGGGUCACAGAUCUACUUCUCCACCAAGGCCCGGCUGUCGUUCAGACACCAGCUCGACAGCAACAUCAACGCAGUGGACGCCACCUACUGAAAGGAGGACAAGGGACUGGGGACGGGGCACAAUUCACAUUUUUGACCCGUCGGUCUUUGCUGCCAACAAACAACUCUGGAUGAUUAAUUAGAUCCACAACAGGACAAGUGAAAACACACUGAAAUAGACUUAGUUUCCAGCUUUAGUGCUUUCAGACGUCAGAACACUUCACGGAGCGGAUCCACCGGCCAACUGGACAGAUUACUGAUGAACCGAGGACAACAGAGACUUGUUUACAGCGUUCAACACCAACAAGUGCAUUAUUAUUCUAGUUAACUUCUUGGGUGGGUGGGUGGGUGGGGGAAGUUUUUGUUUUUUCUACUGUGCUGUAUAAAUUUCUAUUUUUAGCAACCUCUGUGGGGAAAAUGCAGUAUUUUAUUUUCCAAAGUGCAGAUGACAUCAUGGCCCAUCGGGGCGUUUCAUAAAGCAGGAUGAGGCAGAGUAUGUAUAUUAAUAUCUCAGUUUAAAUCUUGAAUUAAUCAUAUUUUUUAACCUAAUGUUGACAUUUCUCCUAAUCUGCAUUGAUUUAUCUUUCUAAUCCUGCCCUUUGACACAUAUCCGCUUUUUAUUCUUACUUUUCAAAAGGAAUUAACCGUAAAUAUAGAAUAAAUGUACCGGUGUCAUGUUGACAUGUUGUAUUAUAUUUCAGAUUUGAGGAUAUUCGACAGCUGCCUCUAGUUACUUCCUCGUUGUAAAAUACAUUUCGGGAAACUGAGCUGCACAGCUAUUAAAGUUCUCCUGGGUAUUUUGAUAUUCA